ACACAGGUUGGACUCUCUCUCACUAAACUUGGAUUUGGAGACACUUCUCUCUUCCAGGAAACUAACUUGGGCGUCGGAGGAUUAACGGGCCCAGGCGCCCCCUCCUUGUUCGUGCGUGCAGGUUAGCGCCUUGUAACAUACGAGGGUAACGAGUCUCAAACAGAUUCAUAUGAAAAUUGGAGGAAUAUAUUUUAAAAUUGUCCGACCUGUUGAUCGAAAUGUUAUUUGAAUACAAUGUAUUUAUGAUGUGUAUUUAAAUUUUUUAAAUUAUUUGAAAUGCUGAAUUUCGUAUGACAUUAACAUGGCAUAGAAAUUAUUUUUUCAUUUUUCUAAUUCUUAUAACUUUUCAUCAAUGAUGAACAUAUUUACACCUUUUCUAAAUAUAUUUACAUAUAAUAUGGAAAUUUAGUAACUAAAAUGAAAUAUACUCACUUAUAUCUAUUAAAAACUCAUAUUUCAUAAAAAAUACAUAUUUCAAGAUUCACCCACCAUCCACUUGCAUCUCUCCCCCCUCCCCUUUCACUCUCUCUUCUUAUCCCUCUCUAACGAUUAUACCUUGGUUUUGUAGAGCCCAUUUUGGAACACUAUUUUGGUCAGACCUAGUCCAAGCAGCUUCCCGAUAGAGGUGUAACAACCUUGGUUGUAACACUCGUGAAUAACCAUUCAUAACUUGUCUAUUUUUAAUGAUGUAGUCACUUAGUUGCCUAUGGUUGAAAAGAAAAUUAGCAUAACAAAAAAAGAGUUUGUUUGAAAAAAGCGUGGCAUAAAUAGGAAGCUCAUGAUCAAAACCUUUAGCCAAUAUUUAUUUCUUUUGCUUGAGAAACAAUACAUAUAUAGCAAUAUUUAAAACUUAAAGUAUUCUGCACAAUACAAUACCAAAAUUAGUAAGAAAAUAACAUUUUCCGUCCAUACUCUAUGCAAUGAAAAAAUAAUGUAUCAACCAACAUACUCUAAAUUUAGUUGAAGGACAAUCUUAUUCAUUCAACAAACAAAUUAAACCUAUCUUGUGGUGCCUACCUUGCUAAUAAUGCACAUGACCACAUCAAUGCGUCUAUGAAAACUCCACCUCGACUUUCAUGAUUUGUCUUGUACUGCGGUUAUUUCAUAUUAAACCAAGUAACUAUGAAUGAUACAUAUGUUCAAUUAGCCUAUAAGAUAAAUUUUUUAAAUAAUUGAAAUCAUAUAUAAAAAUUGGUAUUAAGAAAUUGUGGUCUUUUAAACUCGGCUUUCAAGAGAUUUAGGAUUUAACAGUUAACCAAACGAAAACUUUCAAAAAAUUGGUCACUUACAGUUUGCAUAAAAUUAUCGUUUCUUUGAUAGUUAUAAAAAUUAGUACCACGUUAAGAAUUCUACAUCACAUCUGCACAUUAAGUAUUGCAAUUCAAUGUGCAAUAUUCGAAUCAAUGAUAUUUGGGUUACAAUUUUAAAAUUAUCCUCAAUUUAUAAGAUAGAUAUAAAUUAAAUUUAUUAUUAAACUCAAAUUAAAAUAAUCAAAAUAUUAAAAUUCAAAUAUCAAAUAAAAAAAUAAAGUACUUACGGGAGAGUUAGUGGGCUAGCUAACAGUAGUGAAAAAGUCAUAUGAUUUUUAGAGUUUAGGUUUUCAGAUUUAUUAUUUAAAAGGAUACAUAACAUUUUUUUAGUGUAAUUGGUAAUGAUUGUCUUUUUUAUUUGGAAAGACCAUGGUUCAAAUCCCGAGAUUGAUAUUUUUUUCUUAUGAAUAAAAAAUAAAUAAUAAUUGUAAAGAUACAAUUAUCCUUCAUAUUUUCGCUCUCGUUGCAGAAAAUUUGAAACACUGAAAAACUGACCCAACUCCGCUAUAAUAUAUUUGUAGAUAGUAAAUGUAAAGGGUUAAUACCCUUGUUUGGCCCGAAAUUUAGCAUUAGUGACAGUUCUGACUCCAUUUUUCAAAUAAAACAUUUAUGGCCACUUUUAAAAUUAUUGGACAAAUUUGGCCCGAUGUUGGGAUUGACCGUUAAAAUUGAUGGUCAACGAUUUUUUCCGUUAGUGACUAAACAUAUUAUACUGAGGUGGCGUCGACCUCAUUUUUGUUAUUAAUUAAAAACAAAAAAGAAUUAAAAAUAUUAUUUCUCCUCUUACCCUUCCUUCCCUAAAUCCACUUUCCAGGUUCUCUCUUCGCAAAUCGACCCUCCGCCUCUCCAAAUUCCAAUUCCUUUGCCCUGCUUUUUAUUCCUCUUCCUCGUUAAUGAAUUGAUGGCCAAUGGUAGUGGGAUAAAUAAAUCCCCAAUUGAAGCAUGUAAAAUGAACAAAUACCAAGCCAGAACCAGUGGGAUCUAAGGGGAAGGAAGCAUCGGUUAAUGAGUCGAGCAAAGAAGCCGGAGAGAAGCGGCACUGGGGAGCCCCGAAUCUCUGCUCCCAUCGACCGCCUCUUCUUCAUAUGCGAUGGCGAGCUGCUACUAAUCCCGGAGAGACAAGGCGCCAACAGGGUUGUGCCGAUUACACAAGAGGAUUCGCGGAUCUACAACUAAGGCGUAUUGCCCAGCGCAUAUGAAUCUAGGGUUGAUCGGCGAUGUGAAUGGGUUUCUGGGGAAGACUUACACGAGCCCAGUGAGCGUCAUCGCCAAGAUGGCGGUGAUGUAUGCUCCGCUGCGACAGUCGGUCCUUCCUCUCCCUCAUCCAAGCACUCUGCACUAAUUUCUUCCACCUCCAAUCACCGUCGCACCAGUCCAUCCCGAGUUCCCGGAGAAGAAGACUGGAGGAAGAGAAAAAGGCAUCACCUGCCAACCUUCCCGACCAGCCAGCGAAGAAUCCAUCUCUGCUCCUAUCUUCCCGCAGCCGAAUCCGAUGGGAUUUGAUUUUGGAAUUGAAUCUGAACGGAGAGCGCGGACGGAGGUGGAGUAAGGAUAGAGAGAGUUGUUUUAGGGAUUUUUAGUUUCGCAUUUUUUAUUUUUAAUUUUAUUUUGUUUAAUUUUUAAUUUUUAAUUUAUUUAUGUUUUUUCUAGUCAAAUAAUGACGUGGCAGCCACAUCAUAGUCACCUCAGCAUAGUCACUCACGGAAAAAGUCAUUGACCAUCAAUUUUAACAGUCAAUCCAAACGUCGGGCCAAAUUUGUCCAAUAAUUUCAAAAGUACGUCAUAAAUGACCGUCAAUUUUAACAGUCAAUCCAAACGUCGGGCCAAAUUAAUCAAAUAAUUUCAAAAGUACGUCAUAAAUGUCUUAUUUAAAAAAUGGAGUCAGAACUAUCACUAAUGCUAAACUUCGGGACAAAUGAGGGUAUUAACCAAAUGUAAAUUAAAAGGAUAAAUCCCUUCAGAAACAUGGACGGACUGACGGUGAAGUCUAGGCCCUAGCCCCUAGGGCCGCGGCGCGCGCCCAUUGUUAAACCCGAUCGUUAUCCAAUCCAGUAAAGUAAAACCUAAAUGGCUAAAUCCCUUCAGAAUCUCUCCCUGUACUGUAGACUAGAGAGUCAUCGAGGAAGCUACUAGAAGAAGUAAAAUCCAACCUAGUCGGCCGGUCUCCCUUCCUUCAUUCCACCAUCUUCUUCCCUACACUCUCCCACUUCCCACUCCAAAACCAUCGAGGAAAUUCCCUCCAUCUCCGAUCUUUCAAUCCCCAUCCUUCACUUUGUAAACCUAAUCCGUAACUCCAAGCUCGCGCAAUGGACGCCGUCAAACUCAAGGAGCUGAAGAACUUCGUCGAGCUCUGCAAGUCCAAUCCCUCCGUUCUCACCGAUCCCACCCUCGCCUUCUUCCGCGACUACCUCGAGAGUCUCGGUGCUAAACUACCUCCCGCUGCUUACUCCGGAUCGAAGAGUCAUGUAGACGAGGAGAGCGACGAGGAGAUUCCGGAGAAGGAAUCGCCGUCGGUUGAGGAACCGGAGGAGGAAGAAGAGGAGGAUGAGAUAAUUGAGUCCGAUGUCGAGCUGGAAGGCGAGACUGUUGAGCCUGACAAUGAUCCUCCGCAAAAGAUGGGAGAUUCGUCGGUAGAGGUCACUGAGGAAAGCCGUGAUGCUUCACAGGAGGCUAAGGCCAAAGCUAUGGAAGCUAUCUCCGAAGGUAAAUUAGAAGAAGCUGUUGAGCAUUUGACCGAAGCUAUCCUGCUCAAUCCGCUCUCUGCUAUAAUGUACGGGACUAGAGCCACUGUUUAUAUCAAGAUGAAGAAACCCAAUGCUGCUAUUAGGGAUGCCAAUGCUGCUCUUGAGAUAAAUCCAGACUCUGCUAAGGGGUACAAAGCUCGUGGCAUGGCACGCUCGUUGCUUGGUCAGUGGGAGGAGGCUGCUAAGGAUCUUCACGUUGCGUCUAAGUUGGAUUAUGAUGAGGAGAUAAGUGCAGUUCUUAAGAAGGUUGAACCCAAUGCACACAAGCUUGAGGAGCACCGUAGGAAGUAUGAUAGGUUGCGGAAAGAGAGAGAGGAUAGAAAGGCUGAGAAGGAUAGGCAACGCCGCCGUGCUAAAGCUCAAGCCGAAUAUGAGAAGGCUAAGAAGCAAGAGCAAUCAUCUUCCAGUGGAAGACCCGGUGGAAUGCCUGGAGGGUUUCCAGGAGGAAUGCCUGGAGGUUUCCCAGGAGGCAUGCCUGGGUUUCCGGGAGCAGGGGGUAUGCCUGGAGGGUUUCCAGGAGCAGGAGGUAUGCCUGGAGGGUUUCCGGGAGCAGGAGGUAUGCCUGGAGGGUUUCCUGGAGCUGGUGGCAUGCCAGGUGGCUUUCCUGGUGGCAUGCCAGGUGGAGCGCCUGGAAAUGUUGAUUUCAGCAAAAUACUGAAUGACCCUGACAUGAUGGCUGCAUUUAGCGAUCCAGAGAUUAUGGCUGCUCUUCAAGAUGUUAUGAAGAACCCUGCCAACCUUGCGAAGCACCAGUCUAAUCCGAAGGUGGCUCCUGUAAUUGCAAAAAUGAUGAGCAAAUUUGCUGGACCGAAGUGAACGAUUCUUGUUCCGACUUUCUUCAUCGUCGUCCUAUUUCAGAUCGUACCUCAAGUCUCUGUGACGAGCCCAUUAGGUCUCUGUGUUUUGAGAAGUUUGUAUUGCAUGUACAUGGAACAUCUCCCGUAUCUCAAGAGUUAUGGUUAUUAGUCUGUCCAUCUUACAGUGAACGAAGAAUUAGAUCGAAUCGGUUAUAGUUUCCGUUUGCAGCUCUUAGAAAUGCGACUCUUGCUUGUUUCUUCAAUGUUCUCGGUGGCAGAAUGAGAAAGCCAAAAGUCACCAAGUCCUUGCUGGUAAAAGAUUACAGUGAGUUCUCGUAUGCUGAUAUGGCAGCUGGAAACUGCAUGCAACUUUCCUUCCCAUGUAAGGACUGUGUUGUUUGGCGGCGUUUCUAAGUUUGACGUGAAGAGGCAACAGUUCCUUCCUUGGGCGGUUGCUUAUGUUUCUCCUUCAUAUGUUUGUUUGUUUGUUACAAUGCUGAAACUUUGAAGCAGGGUAACAAAAGAAAACAACGGAU